CAUUGUCUGAUUUGGUUUGAAGCUUGAAGCAUCUCUGGGUGCUGCUGGGCUCAUUUUCUUGACGACAAUUCCAUUGCCCUUCAAAGUUUCCAAUUUUGGCAAUGGAAACAAGUGCAAUCCCUGAGCACAACUUGAUGAUCGAUGGAAGUGCUUCGCCAACUCUGCAAAUUGACCCUAGAAGAGCCCGGUUUCCAUGCUGCAUUGUGUGGACACCCCUUCCUGUUAUUUCAUGGUUGAUUCCUUUCAUUGGCCACAUUGGCAUAUGCAGAGAAGAUGGUGUGAUUUUGGACUUUGCUGGGCCCAAUUUUGUGUGCGUGGAUAACUUUGCUUUCGGAGCAGCGACUCGCUACAUCCAAAUAAGCAAAGAAAAGUGUCACUCUAUUCCCAAUCCAUCUGUGUGUCAAAGCGAGGAUCAAUACGGGCAGGAUGAACCUGGAAGGGACAUAAUGACAUGGGAUGAUGCACUUCGGAAGGGCACGCAGGAAUUCCAACACCGAUCUUAUAAUAUUCUUUCCUGCAAUUGCCACUCCUUUGUAGCCAACAACCUAAACAGGUUAGGCUUUCGUUCUGGUGGGUGGAAUGUGGUGAACCUUGCAGCUCUGAUCUUCCUCAAGGGUAAAUGGGUGAGCACGGCAUCCAUGGUGCGGUCCUUUUUACCGUUUUUAAUAGCAUUCGGUCUUGGAGUUGCAUUUGCAGGUUCAACCUUCCUAACUUACUUAGGAUUCUUCACGGCCUUUCUUGUUGGAUGGUUUCUUCUUGGUACUUACUGUUUCAAGAGUUUGAUCCAUUUGUAAGAUUUCUGUUAUUUGAAGUCAGUUAUACAGAAACCUUGUUUUUAGAGACGUGUGAUUCAUGUGUAUACAACAGUGGCAUUUGCCAGCUACUCUGGACAUUUUAAAUAGCCCCUGAUCUUUCCUGUUAAUUUCUAAGUGUUUGUUUCCUCCUAAGAAGGCAUGUGAUCCAAGAAUUGAAUGCUGUU